CUUCAUCCCAUGUACUCGUCGAUUCUAGACGGCUGUAUAUGCAAUGUCAACGGUCGACACUCCCUGACUAUGGUAUAUAGAAUCUUAAUGAUUUAACCUUGCAUCAUGGUAUCCUUUUCAAGCUCUGUAAUCAAUAAGUCCGGGAAGAAGUUUGCGCCCAAGGCUCCCGUUCGCCGUGUAGGUGCCACUUCAGCCGGCUCUCAGUCUGCUAGAGCCAGUACAGACAGACAGAUAACCUCCAAAGCCCCUCAACCUCCUCCGUUCUCUAUCACGCCUGAAGUUGCUGCCCCCAGUCCUCCCAAUGACCCCGCCAAAAGUACCCCGCAACCUUCUAAAGAAUCAUCUCAAUCGCCGCCACCACCACUGUCACCACCACCACAACAAGAACCGCCAACACCAUCACAACCCCAGUCCCCACCCCUCCCAUUGAUCACUCAACACAAAGUCAAAUCCACACCUAUCCCAAUUCCUGCUCCAAGGCGGAGACCGUCUAUCCCCUCCGUACAGGAGCCUCCAUCUCAACCUCCACACCCUACCGCAACUCCCGUCCCAGCCUCCAUACCUAGAGCACCCUCAUCAGAAACUACUUUACCCACAGCAGCGAAACCACAAUUUGAUCGACGACAGAUUCCUCAAAUAACUCAAAAUGUUCCAGAAAGUCCCAAGCGGCAGCGUGUAGAGCACGCUGUCGACAAUCGACCAGCAAAACGCACCAAGAUAGUGCAACCGGUUACAAUACCUAUAUCUACUUCACGAGAGGAACCCUCACAUCCUGGACCUAGCACUCAGGUGCAGCAGGCUCAACGUGAAGCCGUGCCCGCAACAAAACGCUCCGCUAAGAAAGUUGCCAAAUGCUCUACAGAUCGGAGACAAUCAGCCGAACAGAUAGAAGAUGGCAUCGGCGCUGCCGCUACAGAAAGGAAACCCCGCGCUCGAAGGAAACGCCAGCCAACACCGGAAAAUGCAGAAUCCAUAGAGAUUGCGCCAACUGUCGUGAAAAUGUCAGAUCUGUGCAGAGAUCUCCGCACCGGGAAGAAAUCAAAACGGGAGAUUGAAUUACAAAGUAUGGACCUGACGGAACUUGCAAGGAAACAGAAAGAGCGCGAGGAGCGGAUCAGAAAUGGACAUAAAACAUCGAAGGCUGGAUCAGCCGAAAGAAACAUGGUGGGUGAUGACCUCGAUCGAGCGGAAGCAGCCGCUCUCGGGGGUCCACAGAUGAGGAUUGUAAACGGAGAGAUCGUUGUCGACGCAGCUUCCCUCCAAAUCGACCGCCACGCCAACGCAGCCAGAAACGAAGGCGAUAUGGAAGAAGUCGAAGAAAACCCACUUACAAAACGCAUAAACGCUGCCUCCUUCGGCAAACGCACCAAAGUUGAGUCCUGGGACGAAGAGAUGACUGAUCUUUUCUACCGUGGCCUGCGCAUGUUCGGCACCGAUUUCAUGAUGAUAAGCAAAAUGUUCCCCGGCCGCUCGCGGCGGCAGAUUAAAUUGAAAUUUUCAAACGAAGAACGUCGAUGCCCGGAGCGAAUUAAAGAAACCCUUUUGGGACCCCGUGAAGCUGUCGAUCUCGCGACGUAUUCUGAGAUGACAAAUACUGUUUACGACGACCCGCGGGUUAUUGAGAAGGAGCUGGAUGAGGAGAGGAAGAGGAUGGAAGCGGAGCAUGCGAGAGAGAAGGAAGCGAAGGAGGAACUUUUGCGAAAUCCGAGUGGGGUAUCGUCCUCGUCUACGGUGACGCCGGCUGGGCCGUCGAAUUCGAAUGUCUUGCCGAGUAUUGAAGGUGGGGAUGGUAGUGGGGGCACAAGGGGAAGGAAGAAGGCGGCCGGUGCGCAGAAGUUUGGCGGAGGGACGGAGGAGAUUUUGGGGACGAUUGAUGAUAUUGCUGUUUCUGCAUAGUUUUAACUCUGUGUACUCUUUAUAAAUAUAUGAGGUGUUUUCUCGAGCGAGGUUAUUUUAUGGUUACGUUGAUGACUUUGUAUUGUACCCAGUAACUUAAUUUGGGUUGGAAGAGAAUAGGCAAUGAAUCCGGCAUUGGGUGUUGAAUUCCCUUUCCCCAGUUGGCAGAAAGACGUUGCAGGACUUAUCAGCUAUAUCACACCUAUUUCCGCGUUCCCUCAGCCCCUAUCCACCAAGAGUAAUAAGACCAACCCGCAAUAUCUUAAUAGCAACUGCUUGGAUUUUUCGUUGCCGUGGAUGUUACAUGAUGCAUCGACAAUGAUUUUCUUCCGCUCAGACUAGAAGAGUGGAAUUUUUGGAAUUUGGCGUUUAUGACAAGUAUCCUGGUGUUAGGAGUAAUAAUUAACUCGGGAAGUCAUUCAUAUAAACACAGAAGCUUCUUCAACGUAAUAUUUGAAGAUCAACGUUGGCGAGGAAGGCUACCG